AGUAUAAUCCAUCUUACCCCACGGUACUAUAUUUUUAGACAGCUUAAGUUGCAGGUACAGAGCAACGGUAAUAUGUCUAAGUCCCGGAUUAUUGUACUGACUGUAAUAGUUUCCUUACUGGGCAUUGGGCUUGGCGUUAUUAUCGGAUAUUUCGGACACCCGAACCAGAAUCUGAACAUUCCGGCUCCUGUUGUACCAACUGAAGACCCAACGAUUAGUCAACUCCUAAUGAAUGAACUUAGUGCAGAUAACAUCAAAGAAAACUUAAGAACAUUGACGCAAUCACCCCAUAUUGCUGGUCGUGAUCAAGACGACGUUGUACUGGUUGAUUUGAUUAAGCAACGUUGGUUAAAUGAUCUAGACUCCGUGGUCAUACACCCAUACAAUGUCCUACUUUCUUACCCCAAGCAAAACGAUUCAAACUACAUUUCGAUAAAGCUUGAUAAUGGGACAGAAAUUGACGUUUCUCAACGCAAAGAACUUGUGAUAGACGCAGAACAAAACAACCCGAAUGUUGUGGAUCCUUUUAAUGCUUAUUCAGCUGCUGGAGAACCAGAGGGUGAUCUGGUGUAUGUAAACUAUGCGAGAAUCGAAGAUUUCUUUCAUUUGAAUAGAACAAAAAUGAUAAGCACUGUUGGAAAGAUCUGCAUCUCAAGAUACGGGGCCAUAUUUCGUGGAGAUAAAGCCGUCCACGCUGAAUUAUACGGAUGCAUUGGACUUAUUAUUUAUUCCGAUCCCAUCGACUACACCGUACCAUGGUCAGGAGUUUAUCCUGAAGAUUGGUAUUUACCAUCUACUGGAGCACAAAGGGGAACUUUAUGGACAGAUAAUGGCGACCCAAGGACACCGAACUAUCCUUCUAUACGAUACGCUCACUUGCCAAAAAUACCAGUUACCCCUAUCGGGUACAUUGACGCUGUGAAAUAUCUCGGAAAAUUAGCCGGAGAGGAAGUUAUCGAUACUUGGAAGGGGGGAAUGAAUAUUACUUAUAGAUAUGGACCAGGGUUUUCCGCAGAGCAUUCUAAUAGUAAAAUAAAGAUGUCAGUGAAGACAACAAAUCAACCUGCUAUAAUUCAUAAUGUUAUCGGAUAUAUCAGAGGAAAAGUUGAACCAGACAGAUACGUACUUUUCGGCAACCAUCGAGACGCCUGGGUGUUUGGUGCUAUAGACCCUACAAGCGGUACAGCUACCAUGCUGGAACUUACACGUGCAUUUGGGACAAUGCUAAAACGUGGAUGGCGGCCUAGAAGAACGCUAGUGUUCUGCAGUUGGGGCGCGGAAGAAUAUGGUUUAAUUGGUUCUACAGAAUGGGUGGAGGAAUUGCAAAAAGAGCUGCAGGCAAGAGCCAUCGCAUAUCUGAACGUUGAUGCUGCCGUGCAAGGGAACUUCUCGUUAGCGGCAAACGGUGUCGCAAGUUUGAACCAAGUCGUAUUUGAUUCUACGAAACUUGUUUCGAAUCCAAACCCCGCUGAAGUAUCUGAAGGCCGAAGUACGGUGUAUGAUACUUGGAAGCACAGAUCACCUUCCAGUAGUGAAGAUGUACCUUCAAUCGGUGGUUUGGGAUCGGGUAGCGACUACACAGCGUUUCUACAAGUUCUGGGAAUCGCAAGCGUUGACCUAAGACACACAUAUGAUAGGUCAAUCGGUCUUGCGUCGUAUCCAGUUUACCAUUCAGUUUACGAAACUUUCUCGUUGGUGGAAAAGUUCGUUGACCCUGGCUUUCAAUACCAUGUAUCUGUAUCACGAGUUUGGGGCGAAAUUGGUCGCAAACUCGCAGACUCUCCUGUACUGCCUUUGGAUUGCCGUUUAUAUGCCCAAGAUCUAGCAAAGAAAAGAGACGACUUGAUAACAUACUACGGAUCUGAUAUGGAAAAAAAUGGAGUCGAUUUUGCUCAGCUCAACGAGUCAAUCAGAAUCUUCAUCCAAUCUGCGAAUGAAAUUCACCAAAGAAUACAAAGUAUCGACAUAUCAAAUGCAUACGAGACUCGUGCGAUUAAUGAUCAAUUGAUGUUAUUGGAAAGAUCUUUUAUUGAUCAGAAUCCGCUACCAGGACGCGUUGCUUACAGACAUGUAGUAUCUGCACCGUCCCAGCACAACAGUUACGGUUCUACAGCCUUUCCUGCAGUAGUUGACGCCAUGUUUGAUAUUGAUGCGGACCCCGAUCCAGUUGGAAGAUGGAACGAAGUUAAAAAACAAUAUUCGAUUUUGGUUUUUCAUAUUCUGUCUGCUGCAGCGGCUUUAAAGCCAGCAGUACCGACAUAAGGCAUAUACGCAUGUGUUUUGUGUGUUGAGUUUGUAAUUAUUUUUUGUUUAAUUUAGAGAUCAAAGUAGUUACAAUAAACGUCCAAUUUGUUGU